UCCCUAUCAUUAUUCCAUUUUCGCAUCUGCGUUGUCUCUAAGCAGCCGUAACUGCUUAAAAACCAAAUUCCUCACUGGCUUCUGAAAUCUUCAGGCCACGUCUACUCGCUAGAUUUCCGUCGGAUGUUCUCCAAAGACUAGUAGUUAAUCGCAGUUUCUGUCAGAUGGCAUCCAGCACCGAGGCUGGGAAAAGCUUUGCCAGAAGAGACAAGCUACUGGAGAUAGAGAAGGAUAUUCAAAAGCUGUGGGAGGAAAAUGAUGUUUUCAAGGCUGAAUCAUCUGAAAGACAUCCUGAACCUGGGGAGAAAUUUUUUGGGAACUUCCCAUAUCCUUAUAUGAAUGGUUUUCUGCAUCUUGGUCAUGCUUUCUCAUUGUCGAAGCUUGAAUUUGCUGCGGCUUAUCAUAGAUUAAGAGGUGCCAAUGUGCUUCUGCCAUUUGCUUUUCACUGCACGGGGAUGCCCAUUAAGGCAUCAGCUGAUAAACUUGCCCUGGAGAUGAGAGAGUAUGGAAAUCCUCCUGUUUUUCCUACUAUAGAAGAUCUCAGUAUUAGCACUGAAAUGGAACCAGAGGAGGCAAAUGGAGGGGGACAGACCUUACCUGAUAAGUUCAAGAGCAAGAAGUCCAAGGCAGCUUCAAAAUCAGGUGGACAGAUGUUUCAGUGGCAAAUCAUGGAGAGUGUUGGCCUCUCUAGUGAUGAGAUUCCGAAGUUCCAGGACCCAUAUCACUGGUUAACAUAUUUCCCACCUUUGGCCAAGGAGGAUCUUAAGGCUUUUGGACUGGGUUGUGAUUGGAGACGUUCUUUCAUUACAACAGAUAUGAACCAAUUUUAUGAUUCUUUUGUUAAGUGGCAGAUGAGGAAGUUGUGGAAGAUGGGAAAGAUAGUCAAGGAUAAGAGAUACACAAUCUACUCACCAUUAGAUGGUCAACCAUGUGCAGAUCAUGACAGGGCAUCAGGCGAAGGGGUCCAGCCUCAAGACUACACGUUGAUCAAGAUGGAAGUGCUCCCACCUUUCCCCCCCAAGUUGAGUUCUUUGGAUGGGAGAAGAGUAUUCUUGGCUGCUGCGACACUGAGACCUGAGACAAUGUAUGGGCAGACAAACGCAUGGGUUUUGCCUGAUGGGAAGUAUGGAGCCUUUGAAAUUGACGAGACUGAUGUUUUUAUCUUGACUGCCAGGGCAGCCCUUAACCUUGCUUAUCAGGAGAAGUCGAGGUUUCCUCAGAAACCAACUUGCUUGGUUGAGCUGACUGGAUAUGAUCUCAUAGGUUUGCCCCUAAAGUCUCCUCUAUCAUUCAAUGAGACCAUAUUCUCUCUCCCCAUGCUCACGAUCCUAACGGACAAGGGUACAGGGAUAGUGACCAGUGUCCCCAGUGACUCCCCCGAUGAUUACAUGGCUUUACAUGAUUUGAAAUUAAAACCAGCUCUAAGGGCCAAGUUUGGAGUGAAGGAUGAGUGGGUCUUGCCCUUUGAGGUCAUACCUAUAAUCAACAUACCAGAAUUUGGGGAUAUAUCUGCUGAGAAGGUGUGCAUCGAUCUAAAGAUAAAGAGCCAAAAUGAAAAGGACAAGCUUGCAGAAGCUAAGAGGUUAACUUACUUGAAAGGAUUCACUGAUGGAACAAUGCUGGUGGGAGAAUACAAAGGUAUGAAAGUGCAGGAGGCAAAGCCAUUGCUCAGAAGCAAACUUCUAGAGGUUGGCCAGGCAGUCGAGUACAGUGAACCGGAGAAAAAAGUCAUGUCAAGAUCAGGCGAUGAGUGUGUUGUGGCUUUGACAGAUCAGUGGUACAUUACAUACGGGGAACCCGAAUGGAAGAAAAUUGCCGAGGAGUGCUUAUCCAACAUGAAGCUGUUCUCUGAUGAGACACGGAAUGUUUUUCUCCACACCUUGAGCUGGCUGAAUAAGUGGGCAUGUUCCCGGUCUUUUGGGCUAGGAACUCGUAUUCCCUGGGAUGAGCAGUUUCUUGUUGAGUCCUUAUCUGAUUCUACACUUUACAUGGCAUAUUACACUAUUGCGCAUCUUUUACAGAAUGGGGAUAUGUAUGGAUGUACUACUUCCGUAGUAAAGCCUAUAAAGCCUGAGCAGAUGACAGAUGAGGUCUGGGAUUUUGUGUUCUGGGGUGGACCAUUCCCGGAAGCAUCAGAUAUCCCUCAUUCUCUUCUUAAGAAGAUGAAACAAGAGUUUGAAUACUGGUACCCAUUUGAUCUGCGAGUAUCUGGAAAGGAUCUUAUACAGAAUCAUCUCACGUUCUGCAUCUAUAAUCACACAGCACUUCUGCCCAAACACCAUUGGCCACGUGGUUUCAGAUGCAAUGGGCACAUCAUGCUCAACUCUGAAAAGAUGUCCAAGUCCACUGGGAAUUUCAAGACACUACGCCAGUCUAUUGAGGAUUUUUCUGCUGAUGCGACACGGUUUUCACUGGCUGAUGCUGGGGACGGAAUGGAUGAUGCAAACUUUGUCUUUGAGACAGCUAAUGCUGCAAUUUUGCGGCUCACAAAAGAGAUCUCAUGGAUGGAAGAAGUUCUGGCUGCUGAGUCUUCGCUGAGAACAGGUCCUCCUUCUACUUACGCUGAUCGUGUGUUCGACAAUGAGAUCAAGAUUGCUGUCCAAAUGACCGAGCAACAUUAUAAUGAAUACAUGUUUCGAGAAGCUCUAAAAACAGGAUUUUAUGAUCUUCAGUCUGCCAGGGAUGAGUAUAGAUUCUCAUGUGGUACUGGGGGAAUGAAUCGUGACUUGUUGUUCCUAUUCAUGGAUGUUCAGACACGGCUCCUUGUUCCUAUCUGUCCACACUAUGCAGAACAUGUUUGGAAAUUCCUUUUGAAGAGGGAUGGUUUUGUUGUAAAAGCGGGAUGGCCCACAGCAGAUUCACCAGAUCUCACCCUCAAGAGAGCCAAUAAAUAUCUGCAGGACUCAAUUGUUACAAUGAGAAAGCUGCUCCAGAAGCAAAUAUCGGGUGUAAAGAAACCAAACAAAAAGGGAGCUCCGGCUACAGUUCCUACUGAAGAAAGCAAGCCCACAGUAGGCCUGAUAUAUGUGAAUGAGCAGUAUGAAGGUUGGAAAGAGGUAUGCUUAAGGAUACUGCAGAGGAUGUAUGACGCUGAGCACCGUGCUUUUGCACCUGACCAAGAGAUAGUGGAUGCAUUACGGAACUCCUCCAUUGGACAGGCAUCAGAUUUUAAACAGAUUCAGAAGCUGUGUAUGCCUUUCCUGAGGUUCAAGAAGGAUGAGGUGGCCUCUGUAGGGGUUCAGGCCUUGGAUCUAAAUCUCCCAUUUGGUGAAAUUGAAGUCCUCCAGGAAAACAUUGACUUGAUCAAGAGGCAACUGGGCCUCAAUGAGGUUGAAGUUUUCUCUGCAUCAAACCCUAAUGAUGUUAGUAGAGCUGGUGCCUAUGUUUCUUUGCUUAAUCAGAAUCCACCGUCCCCGGGGAAUCCAACUGCAAUCUUCUUGAACAGGUAAUGGACAAAGUGUACCCACUGCAGGAGCAACUGCCAUGAAUCUAUUAUAUGCGAAAUGUCCCACCAAUUGAGAGCAUCUAAUGUAGAAUUUUAACCCUUUUAUGACGAUUCAAGUGGUUGUAAGGGAUUAUUUCAAUCUGACCAUAACAGCUAAAAUGUUCCUUGCUGGAUGUUUUAUUGUGUGAAAUAACAACUAAUACCCUUAGUCUUCAUCAAGUCAAAUUACUCUCUAGUUUUUUUUUUUUUUU